AUGUCACAUAUUUCCAGAUUAAAUGUUAUCUCUGGUCAUUUAAAGGAUGAACAAGAAGAGGAAUAUGUUGAUGAAUUAACAUCAAACAAUGUAAAUGCUGAUGCAAAGAAAGAAACUUUAACAGUUAUCGAUAAUAGAACAGGAAAGCAAUAUAACAUUAAAAUUAAGAAUCAAACUAUUAGUGCUUUAGCUUUUAGAGAAAUCUCUGAACAAAAAGGUGACAAUGGUUUAGUAGUUUAUGAUCCAGCAUUCCAAAAUACAGCAGUUGUAACAUCUACGAUUACCUAUAUCGAUGGUGACAAGGGUAUUUUACGUUAUCGUGGAUUCCCAAUUGAAGAGUUGGCAGAGAGAUCAAGCUUUUUAGAGGUUGCCUAUCUUUUGAUCAAUGGUAACUUGCCAAACAAAUCACAACUCGAUGGAUGGUCACACAAGAUUAUGACACAUACCUUUCUUCAUGAAAACUUGGUUGGUUUGAUGAAGUCAUUUAGAUAUGAUGCACAUCCAAUGGGUAUGCUCAUUAGUACUGUAGCUGCACUCGGUACAUUCUAUCCAGAGGCAAACCCUGCCUUGGCCGGACAAGAUAUCUUUAAGAGUGAGAAUGUUCGUAACAAGCAAAUGUUCCGUAUCAUUGGUAAACUACCAACCAUUGCUGCCUGUGCAUGGCGUCAUCGUAUUGGUCGUCCAUACAACACUCCAGUCAACCAUCUAGGUUAUACUGAAAACUUUUUGUACAUGUUGGACAAGUUAUCCGAGCAAGACUAUAAGCCAAAUCCAGUUCUCUGUCGUGCACUCGAAAUUCUUUUCAUCUUGCACGCCGAUCACGAAUUGAAUUGCUCAACUGCUGCCAUGCGUCACAUCUCAUCGUCCAACACUGACCCAUACACUGCCGUUGCCGGUGCUGCCGGUGCCUUGUAUGGUCCACUCCACGGUGGUGCCAACGAAGCCGUACUCGACAUGUUGCAACAGAUCGGUACCAAGGAGAAUGUCGGUCAGUUUGUCGCAGACGUCAAGGCCAAGAAGAAGAAAUUGAUGGGCUUUGGUCAUCGUAUCUACAAAAACUACGAUCCACGUGCCAAGAUUGUUCGUCGUGUCGCCUAUGAAGUGUUUGAGAGUCUCGGCAAGGAACCACUCAUCGAAGUUGCCACUGAACUCGAACGUCAAGCACUCAACGACGAAUACUUUGUCACACGUAAACUCUAUCCAAACGUUGACUUUUACUCUGGUCUCAUCUACAAGGCUAUGGGUUUCCCAACUGAUAUGUUCCCAGUUCUCUUUACCAUUCCACGUGCUGUCGGUUGGUUGGCUCACUGGAUCGAACAUCACGAAGAUCCAGAGACAAAGAUCUAUCGUCCACGUCAAGUCUACAAAGGUGAAUGGUUUAGAAACUAUGUUCCAAUCGAAGGUCGUCCACCUGCAAAGGUUCGUACCCAAGAAUCUUAUUCAUCAGCUACAACAAAGAGAUAUAGUAAGGUAACUGGAUCAGGUGCUCAAUAA